AUGCUGGGCCGAGCGGCGGCGUGGUGCGAGCAAGAGGACCAAGAGCCGGUUGUGACGGGCGCGCCACAGGCGGGGCUCUGCCUCAGUGGGGGCGGCCUUGCGGCCGCCUGCGCGGCAAUCGGGGCCUUGAGGGCGCUCCGCGGCUCGUCGCUGGAUCUGCUCAGCACCGUGGCGGGCAGCGCCUGGGCCUCCGCCGCCUACGUGUUCGGCGCAGCCAGCGACGUGCACUUGCUGGGCCCCAGCUCUUCGCCAUCCUUGCUGACUCUGGAGGAGCUGGACGCUUUGCCUCCGCCGCUUCUGCAGAGAGCCACCUGUCAGCUGCCCUGCCCGAACGCGCGUACUUUGGAGGAGCUGCGGCGGUGGCUGGCCAGCUGCUGGCUGGAGCCCUUCGCUCUGAAUGGCAAGCGCCUGGCCGGCAGCGCUCAGGAGCAACGGCGGAUCCUGCAAGAGUAUCCCGAGUUGGAGGAGGAGGAGUUCCUGCUGCAGAGGGCGGACCGCCCUACCUGGCUGGUGGGGGGCAGCCUGGUGGCGGGUAAGGAGCAGCUGCCCUUCCAGAUCUCAGCCUCCACGGUGGCAGGGCCCCCCGACUUCAGGACCUUGGAGCCCAUCGGCCUGCAGCCCAUCGUGUCCCCCUUCUUCCAGGACAAAGAGGGCGCUUUGUACUCCUUCGGCUCCAUCGACACCUUUGCCUUUGGCAGUCCCAGUGAGGAGCCUGCAAAAAGGCCCUUCACGCUGGCUGACAUCCUCACGCUCAGCGGCUUGAGCCGCGCGGGCGGCACGCUGGGCCGUCAGGUGGCCUGGCCUCUGCAGGCGUCCAGCGUGGAGGCCCGCUUCGCGGACGGGGGCUGCACCGACAACUCGGGGCUCAUGGCGUUGCUGCAGCGGGGGGUGCGCCACAUCGUGUGGUUCGAUUUCAGUUUCGAGAGCCUCGAUGGCGCCGCCACGGCCGCGCAGAGCAGCCUGAAGGACAUCAUGGAGAAGUUCGGGUGCGCGCAGCCAGGUAGCCGGGCAUCCGCGAAGCAAUCGCAGGUCUUCCGGGAGACGGAGCUGUCGGCGGUGCUGCAGCAGCUCACGGUGCGCCGCGACGCCGGGGAGCCAGGCGUGGUGCGACGCCGUCUCCGGCUGCUGCCCAACGAGAAGUGGCAGAUCCGAGGUGGGCAGACGGUGGAGCUUGUGCUCAUCCAUCUGGAGAGCGGUAACAGCGACUUCCUCUCGCGUCUGCCGCAGGAGACACGGGACGAGCUUCUGAAGGGCCAAAGCGGCUCUUUCCCCAACUUCCCGUUCUUGCGGCCUUCCGCCGCCGCAGGCGCGAGCCCCUGCUUCACCCAGCGCCAGGCGAACCUAUUGGCGGCCUUCGCGGAGUAUGCAGUGCGCUGUGCCGGCCCGUUGAUCAACAGCCUCAUCCCCGCGAGCGUGAGGUUCGAAGACGUGUCGAAGCGACGCUCACAACGCUCGCUGAUCGACACGAAGAGCGUGUUGGGCACAGACUUUCACCGAGUUUGA